UCACGAAUUCAUCUCAACAUAAUGGCUGGACGCAAGAUCUUUACCUAUGGUGGUAUCGCCGCUGUUGGCGCGGGUACCUACUACCUUUACAGCGCGGGAGGCGACCCGAAGCUCGCGGAGAAGAAGUUUGAGCACGAUGCGGCUACCGCAGUACGGAAAGUAAAGGGCGACUUUCCUGGACGCGACAGGGAAGCGAAGAAGGCCGGUGAGGAGGGCUACGAGACAGUGCGCGCGACCGCUCAGCAAUACGCCGACCAAGCCAAGGCCGAAGCGAAGAAGGCCGAACAGAAGUUCGACGCCUACAGUGCCGACGCGAAGAGGAAGUUUGAGGAGGCAAAGCGCGAGGCUGAGAGGGAGUACCACAGCGCAGGCAAAGAAGUGAACGCGGCAGCAAACAAGUUCGACAAGAUAGUUGAGGACAAGGCAGCAAAGACACAGAGCUGGUUCGGCUCGUGGUUCGGCGGGAAAUAAGCCCAAGAUGACUUUGUAGCUUACGAGGGAUCAAUGCUGGAGAGAAGCUGUGGUUGGGAGUCUUGCAUUAGCUGUCGAGCACUGGAGUUCCUACGGUGCAAUCUUCUCGUCUCAAUACGAUUUCAGAUGACAUUCACGAGUGGCGCUACUCUUUCCACCCUUUGCAUUCUACUUCGCCGUC